AUGAUGAUGCUUGCAAUAAAGCUUAACCUUGUGAGCUAUGAAAACCUUAAUAGCAGCAUAGUUUUCUCAACAGAUUCAGUGAAAGGAAUCUCAGGAGCGUAUGUGACGAAAUCGGAGAGGUUACGGAGAACAGCUGAUUUCAUCAAACAGUGGGAUUCAAUAUCUUGCAUGGUGGAGCCACCGGGUUAGAGUGUUGAGAGCCACCAAAAAAUCCAUUGCUUCAGUGUAAACCAAUUUGAACUCCACAACUAACCUCAAUAGCUUACUGGUAAACUCUUAAACCUCAUAGCAGAACG